UCAAGCAGCUUGUAGCUAGCUCCUUCAUUUCUCUUCCAUUCUCCUCUCUUUCCAAAGUACUAGCUCAGAACCCAGAAAGGAAGCAGAAAGCUUUAGCAUUUUCAGUUGCUAAAGCCGGCCAUGGAGAAAAUCAAUGAUCAAGUAGCUGGAGGUGAACAUCGGAAGGCCGGGGUUUUUGAACGUGCUUGGUCAUGGGUUAAGGCCUUGCCGGUAAAGUUCAAAAACAAGGUUACCAAAGUUGCAAAUAACACUAUCAAGCUAGGAAAAGAUGACCCGAGAAGAGUCAUUCACUCCCUGAAAGUGGCUAUGGCUCUCACAUUGGUAUCCUUAGUGUAUUAUUGGAGAGCCCUUUAUGAUGGUCUUGGGGUUGUAGGAAUGUGGGCGGUUCUAACAGUGGUAGUAGUGUUUGAAUUCACUGCAGGUGCAACACUCAGCAAGGGUUUGAACAGAAGCUUUGCAACAUUACUUGCCGGUGCUCUAGGAAUUGGAGCAAAACACUUGGCUAGUCUUUUCGGAGAGCAAGGAGAACCCAUCAUAUUAGGUGUCCUUGUCUUCCUACUAGCUGCAGCAUCUACAUUUUCGAGGUUCUUCCCAAAGAUCAAAGCGAGAUACGAUUAUGGGGUGUUGAUAUUCAUACUCACAUUUAGUCUGGUAGCUGUAUCGGGCUAUCGGGUUGAGGAGCUCUUGGAGAUGGCCGAUCAAAGACUAUAUACAAUCUUACUAGGUGGAGGAACCUGCAUAAUCAUAGCAAUUUUCGUAUGUCCAGUAUGGGCUGGUGAAGAUUUACAUAAUCUCAUAGCAUCCAACAUAGACAAGCUUGCAAACUACCUUGAAGGAAUUGGAGGAUGUGAAUAUUUUCAACUACCCAAGGAUGGAAAGUCUACCAAGGUCACAAAAGAUGAGGGAUAUAAAAGUGCCCUCAACACAAAAGCCACUGAAGAAACCUGGGCAAAUUUUGCAAGAUGGGAACCCGGACAUGGACGCUUCAAAUUUCGUCAUCCAUGGAAGCAAUAUUUGAAGGUUGGAGCCCUUGUCAGACAAUGUGCUUAUCAGAUUGAAACUCUAAAUGGCCACAUCCACUCAGAUGUACAGGUGCCACAAGAAUUUAUACAAAUAAUCGGAGCCUCAUGCAUAACGAUGAGUACCGAGUCAGGCAAGGCCCUAAAAGCUGUAGGAACAGCAAUUAAAACCAUGAAGAAUCCAAAAUCUGCCUGUCAGCAUUUGGAAAACUCUAAAAAUGCAGUAGAAGAACUUCGCAUUGCACUGAAAGCUGCAUCACUGGAAGAUGCGGACAUCCUUGCAAUCAUACCAGCUGCCACAAUUGCUACAAUAUUAGUUGAGAUUGUCGCGUGUGUUGAGAAAAUUUCCAUGUCAGUUUAUGAGCUUUCUCAAUUAGCUGAUUUCAGAGACGUAUCGCCAGAGAUUAAGCCACAACUACUUCACAAAGGAAUCAUAAACCCUGUACUGCUGGAUGAUGGUGAUGAUAGUUCCCAUGUCGUAAUUACAGUAGAUCAUGAAAUGAACACGGGAUCUCAAGAAAAUGAUAAAAAUUCUCACCAGGCCCCACCAGAAGGUCCAAACGCAAGCGAUCAAAGAAGUGCCAAUAUCUGUCACUCUUAGAAGUGAUUUGGUGGAGAUCAAUUGAAUACUCAACUAGUGUACUUUAUCUAAUUGAGUAUAAUUGCCAAUUCU